GGCGGAGCCGGUCGCCAUGUUGACGCUCCGCGCGCUGCGGGCCACCGUCCUGGUCUACGCGGUGGGCGCCGCCGUGUUGUUGGCGCAGCUGCUGCGCCGCCUGCGCGGGGGCUUCCGGGAGCCGGCGCUGCCGGCACAGCCCGACCGCGUGGCCAUCGUGACGGGCGGAACCGACGGCAUCGGGCUGGCCACGGCGCGGCGGCUGGCCCGGCUGGGCAUGCGCGUGGUCAUAGCCGGGAACAACGCGGCGAAGGCGAACGACGUCGUCUCCCGGAUCCGCGAGGAGACGAAGAACGAGAAGGUGCACUUCCUGUUCUGCGACCUGGCCUCCCUCCGCUCCGUCCGGAAGUUCGCCCGCGACUUCCUGUCGCGCGGCCUCCCGCUGCACGUGCUGGUCAACAACGCCGGCGUCAUGAUGGUGCCCCCCGGCCGCACCGAGGACGGCUUCGAGCACCACUUCGGUGUCAACUUCCUGGGCCACUUCCUGCUGACGCACCUGCUGCUGGGUGCACUGACGUCGGCGGGGUCGCCGGGUCAGAGGUCCAGGGUGGUCACCGUGGCGUCGGCCACGCACUACGUGGGGGACCUGGACCCGGCGGACCCGCAGGACCGGAAGUCGCCCUACUCGGCGCACGCGGCCUACGCGCGGAGCAAGCUGGCGCUCGUGCUGUUCUCGCAGCGGCUGCAGCGGCUGCUGGCGGCGCGCGGCGACCCCGUGACCGCCAACCUGGUCGACCCGGGCGUCGUGGACACGGCGCUCUUCCGCCACGUGUGGUGGGGCACGCGGGCCGUGCAGCGGGCGCUCGGCUGGCUGCUCUUCAAGACCCCCGACGAGGGCGCCUGGACUUCCGUCUACGCUGCCGCCGCCCCGGAGCUGGAAGGGGUCGGCGGCCGCUACCUCUACAACGAGGCCGAGACAGAACCGCUGGGCCUUGCGCGGGAUGUGGAGCUGCAGGCGCGGCUGUGGGCGGAGAGCUGCCGGCUGGCGGGGAUCCCCGACGGGAUGGGCUUCGGCGUGGAGUAGGCCCGCGCCCGCGAUGGCACCACGGACUCUGCACCAAGCACCUACAUGGACCUGAUGCUGUGAUGAUGUGGGCGUGUGACAUCAUCGCCCGCUGCCGCCUCUCCCCCCAGGCUCCCAUGGGGCCCCCAGCCAGGCGGUGGGGCACCAUAAAGGAUUCUGCACCAAGAAAACAAUAAGAAUUCUGCUGCUAAUUGAUUUCAUUCACAGACAUGCAAUAAAUCUCUUACUCAACCCUUGCUCUAACAUCUCUAUUCUCCCUUGUUUCAGACCAUCAGACUUCCUAGUUCCAACUGUGGUUUCAACUUUGCCUCGUAACGGUUUUAAAACUAACCCACCUCUUCAUUUCUCGAAUUCCAUAGUUUCAUACCUAUCCUUAUGACCACAUGCCUUGUUAGCUGUAUACAAUCACUUUACUGUCAAACUUUGUAUAAUGUUGAAAGGAAUGGUCAUGAACACGAAUUCACACUGCGGUUUUUAAUCUUUCCCAUCUGUGUUUCCUGUUGAAUCUGAGCUAGGCUGAGGUGAGGACUCCGACACUCGGCCCAGUCCAGUGUAAACCCCGACACAGGUUAGGAGCUCUCUGAGCAUGGACACCCGAAUCCAAGUCAGUGGUGUUUAUCACUCACCAGGCUUCGUGUUCCUCCGAAACGUUUUACAUCUCCCCAUUCAUCUGCUUCUUAUUCCUUUAGGGAACACAUGGCUGUUCUUAGUUUGAGUUUCAAAACCUACAUCUUUGGUAAAACUAAAAAUCCUCACAACAAACAUUGUAAUAACUUUGUUAAGCAAACCAUGCCUCUAAAAGCAGAAGAUUGACCUGAAAGACGGCUACUCUUAUCCCUCAAGAGAAAGCAAAGCCCUAUGGGAAGAAAAACCAUUAGCUAGUGUGUCGAGACAAUUGGGAGCAUUUUGCAAACUGGGGAUAGACCCAGGGCCAUGUGUGUACAGGGUUCCAGCAUUCCUGCUGGGUCGCUGCAGUUUCUUCUCUUUAGACUGAGUCAGGGACAGAAGCUUUCCUUUGUAGCCAUGAAUGAAAAGUACCCAGAGAAAGACAGGACUCAAGGGAAUAUAGGUUAUGAGGAGACAGGAAGUGCCCAUGCUGGGGUUCUUCAUGAACAAAUGAUCCCUCGCCCCAGCCUCGAUGCUUCAGCACUUCAUAAGCUUCUUGAUGCCAAUGCACAAUCCUAAGAAAUCCUCAAAUUCCCUAAGGUUAAGUUUCAU